AUGACCGCCACGCCCUCAAGCCAGUCUAAAACUGCUCGUGGUAUGCCAAUGAAGUUUGGAGAUACGGUUGUUGGAUUUGACGAUGAAUAUAAGUGGGACGUAAUUGGCGGCUUAUCCCUGCGAAAAUGGCCAGAUUCCAACGUAGAUUCGGUCGUUAAGAUCCCAGAUGACAAGAAGAGUCCGAAGGUAGCUAUUUUGCCCAAUGAGUCGUCAAAACUGAAAAACCAUCGAGAGGCGUUUAAUCACGCCGUUAGUCCUAAUGUCUGGCGACGAACUGGUUCUUUGUCCUGUUCUCAGUGUCAAGGCCGUCAAAAUCGCUCAAAUUCGUGUGCUUUUGGAUGUUUGACCGUUGGUGAGAUACCUACUGGUGCGUGCUGCGAUAAGGCAGAAAUCAAAGUAGACGAGCGAGCGUUUCUUGGUUCUCUUCGUGAAGAGCUAGGUUCAAUUAAAGCGGUUGAAAAUCAGGCUAAGCUAGCUGCACAAGGUGGAUACGUUCUCGAACCUAACGGUAUUGCUGGACAAUUAGCGAUCAUUCGAACACGAAUUUCGGAUCUAAUUGCAACACAAGCUCAAGAACUCGCUCCCGAUGACGCCUCUGUGUUAGAAACUCCUCGAAAACGUAUGAGGAAGUCAACUCAGACUGGAGCUAGCCCCUUCUAG